AUGUCACUCGUUGCAGGACCUGGGAUAGGAGGAUCACACUCAACCUUGCCGACAGACCUCAGCCUGGUGGUGGAAAAGCAUGUCAAAUACAUCCAACUGCUGGAUACUCGAAAAGAUGAACUCGACUACUGGUUGACCGAACACCUCAGAUUGAAUGGUGUGUAUUGGGGUCUGACGGCACUUCAUCUCCUGGGCCAUCCAGAUGCUCUACCUCGUGACAAAACCCUCCAGUUCGUCUUUGCUUGCCAGAAUCCGGAUGGAGGGUUUGGUGCUGCUCCUGGCCAUGAUUCCCAUAUGCUGUACACCGUCAGCGCCGUCCAGAUUCUUGCCACAAUCAAUGCGCUGGACGACUUGGAGGGGUCGGAAAGAGGAGGAAAGGAGCGAAUAGCAAAAUUUCAGACUGGAAUUGCUGAUGACCCCUGCGUAGACAUCGCAAACCUUCAGGACGCCGACACAGGUACUUUUGCCGGAGAUGAGUGGGGUGAGACGGACACGCGGUUCCUAUAUGGCGCCUUCAACGCCCUCUCCAUUCUAGACAUGAUGCACCUCGUGAACGUGGACAAGGCCGUUUCCCACAUUCAGGCGUGUGCAAAUUUUGAUGGAGGAUUCGGCCGUUCGCCCGGGGCCGAGUCUCAUUCCGGCCAAAUCUUCACUUGCCUUGGGGCUUUAACCAUCGCUCGCCGUCUGGACAUUGUGGAUCAUGAUCGGCUGGCUGCUUGGUUAAGUGAGAGACAACUUCCCAACGGUGGGCUUAAUGGUCGCCCAGAAAAACUUGAAGAUGUAUGCUACAGCUGGUGGGUUCUCAGCAGUAUCGCAAUGUUGGGAAAACUGCACUGGAUUGAUGCUACAGAGUUGACCCAUUUUAUCCUGAGAUGUCAAGACACCGACGAAGGCGGAUUUGCCGACAGACCCGGCGAUAUGGUGGAUGUAUUCCACACUGUGUUUGGUCUGGCAGGUUUGAGCUUGUUGGGCUAUGCGGGCCUCGUCGAGGUCGACCCCGUGUAG